CUCAUCUCUGUCUUUGUGGCCCCAACAACACAACCUCCAUUUGUUAACUAUGAAAAAGCACAGCUUCAAGCACCAAAGGAUGUUCCACUCGUAGAAGAAACUCAACAUAGAAAUUAGCUGUGGCACUUUCAAAGUUUUGUGCAUAACCAUAAACCAUGUCAUCAUUACCAACCACCACUAGUGGUCACUCAUCUCUUUACUCUGCACUAACUUUGCCAAGAACCUCCCAAAUUCACCCAACCCUGUUUUCUUCCUCCCCCAAGUUCUUUUCUUGCAGAAGCACCUCGUACUUGGGUGUGUCCUUUUGUUUCUCCAACACCCUUUUGUCAAGACCGUUGCUUUUUGCUGUCAAGGCUUCAUCCGGGGUUGGGUCAGAAGCAUCCAAACAGGAGAGUGACAAGAGUGAAGAACAGGAGGAGGAACCGUACGAGGAGUACGAGGUUGAAAUUGAGCAGCCUUUUGGACUCAAAUUUGCAAAGGGUAGGGAUGGGGGAACUUACAUUGAUGCUAUUGCACCAGGAGGAUCAGCUGAUAAAGCUGGAGUCUUCAAUGUUGGGGAUAAAGUACUUGCCACCAGUGCAGUUUUUGGGACUGAGAUUUGGCCAGCUGCGGAAUAUGGAAGGACAAUGUACACAAUUCGCCAAAGAAUUGGCCCAUUGCUCAUGAAAAUGCAGAAGAGAUAUGGAAAGAGUAUUGAUAGUGGUGGUGAGUUAACUGAAAAGGAGAUUAUCAGGGCUGAGAGAAACUCUGGGGUAAUCAGCAACAGAGUGAGAGAAAUUCAAAUGCUAAAUGCUUUGAGGAAAAAAGAACAGAAAGAACGCAGACAAAAUGAUUUGAGAGAAGGAUUGCAACUAUAUAAGAAUGGAAGCUAUAAUGAAGCACUAGAGAAAUUUGAGUCUAUUUUGGGAUCAAAGCCAGAACCUGAGGAAGCAGCAGUUGCAAGUUACAAUGUUGCUUGUUGUUACUCUAAGCUAAACCAGAUUCAAGCUGCACUUUCUUCACUGGAAGAAGCCCUGAAUUCAGGUUUUGAAGACUUCAAGAGACUGAGAACUGAUCCUGACCUAGCUAACGUCAGGACUUCAGAGGAAUUUGACUCUUUAUUGAAAAGAUUUGAUGAAUCUUUUAUCAAUGAGAAUGCCAUCAAUGCCAUUAAAUCUCUAUUUGGAUUUGGUAAGAAAUAACUUGUUUUGUAAACACAGGCACAGUUUGGCUGACUAAGUGGUUGGUUGAGCAAUAUGGUAAUUAUUUCCCAUGUGUGUAUAACUUUAUAGUUUAACUACACGGAUCCCUCAUUUUUUGUCCCUGCACUGGGAUCUUGCUUUAUGUACUACUAGUAUAAUCAAGCAAAGUUAUAAGAAGUUUAUUUAUGAUCAAUAAAAUUGUGCAUUUCUAUUA